AUGACAAUUUUGAAGAUACUCCUACUUUUUCUGCCGCUAGCCUACUCAUUUGUCUUAAAAAAAAAGCCCCAAUGGGAAGCGCAACAGGCGCAGAGAACCAAGUUCCAGCUCUACAGAACGAGGUAUUUCAGGAAAUUUAAAACAAUGCCAUACAUCCGAGAUUCGGGAGAAAAUCACAUAAAGGAACUAACAAGGGAACGUGUCAGGCUGAAUAAGCGCACAAGCAAUUCUAUUACCCUUGGCGCAAAUUUUUUGUUUAUAUGUAACUUAGACAACAGACUUUCUUCCAAGGAUGUUACGCAUUUCUUUAAUUAUUUUAUCGGCAACAAUAAUUGCGUAGCGCGCAUACGAAGGAAUAAAUACACAGGAAGAAAUAUGGGGCACGGAAUUUUGAAAUUCCAAAAGGCAGAAGACGCAACACUCGUUUUGCUCAAUUACCAGGGGAUCAAAUUGGGAGAGAAAAACAUUAUCCUAACAGAAGCCUUCAAGGACGAACACCUCAAGCAGAAGAAGCACAUCUGCAAUGUCCUUCAGCCGAGCAGGUCGUAA